CUGUCACAUCAACUUAAUUAAAUUUCUAUAAAAUCCACUUAAAUGCUAAAACAGAAAAAUCAAAAUAAACUCUUUCCCAAACUCGUAUUCAGCUUGAAAUUCUCCCUUCUCUGCUUAAACCUGAUAUUCUCUGUUUUCUCAUCACUUUUAUAUCUUUAUUCCACCGAUUCAUUUCCUCUCUCAUGCAGUAAACAGCAUAAAACCCUAUCCCCCAAGAUCCCAACCCCAUGUUUCAUCAAUUUCAGACGGAUGUUACCAGCUUUACAUAGCUAUUAAAAAGAAACAUCUGACAAUGCUUGCUGUAGCAAGAGAACUUCCCCAGGUGACCCUGCCAAAAUGCUUGACAAGGAUGGAGCAUCACCGGACAAAGAAAUUUGCGACCUUGUUGUGGAAUUGACUGCUGUUUCUUCACCACUGAAGGAGAAUCACAACCCACAUGAGGGGAGCAGCCUCUGUACGGGUCUGAAUAAAGCACGAGUAAAAAGGCCGAGGAGAAAAGAUCACUGCCCCAAGGUCAUUAGAGGAGGCAAACCCAAAAGAACUCUGAAGCCAGCUACCCCAAAGGCACAAUCAAAAGAAAACAUAGCCGAGAGGAAGUACGUGAGAAGAAAAGAAUUGAACAAUACUUCUACUCCUGCAACAGAAGUGAUCGAAGAAGUCACUGAAAAAAUACCUGAAGCUGCCCAAAUGUCGUGUGGAAGGUCCUUAAAUUUUGAAAUAGGUACAAAAGAUGAAAGUUCUGCAGGCAAAGAAAAUGGUGUAGCCGUACAAGAAAUGAAUGUUGGCCUUGCUUAUGAUUUAAACACUUUCAUUAAGCAUGCAUCAAACAGUUCCAUGUCAUUUCCAGAAGUUACACAAGUCCCAGUUAAGAAGCGUGUGAGAAGGAAAUUGAAGAGGACUCCUGCUCCUCCAAGGGAAGUGACAGGUGAACUGACUACAGAAAAGAUGUCCGAAUUGGCCCAACCACCAUGUAAUGUUUCCACUUAUUUUGAUGGAGGAAUGGAAGAGAGUUCUGCUGUCAAAGAGAAUGUAGUCGUAAAGGGAACAUACCCAGAUCUUGCUUAUGUGAGAAGCCCAGGAUUAAAUAAGUCUUCUACUCCUACUGAAGUAUCGGGAGACUUGCCUGGAAAAACGAUGCCAGAAAGAGGUGAAAGUUCUGCCACCAGAGAAAAUGCAAUUGGGCAUCCGUGCAUAGAAACUUGUACAGUACUGCAGGAAAUUGAAGUAGGCCUUGCCUAUGAUGUGAAAGUUCUCAUGAAGCAGGCAGCAGAAAAUAAUUACCCAUCAUUUUGUAAUAAUGAGCACACCUUAACUGUGCAUCCGAGCAAAGAAAUUGGUGCAGAAUUGCAGGAUAUUGAUAAUGAACAAACCCUAGCUACGUCCCCUUCAAAAACUAAUUCUCCUGAGGAAAAGCCAAGAAACAUGACAGAAAAAAAGUAUCAUAGAAUAAAACAAUUGAACAAGUCUCCUACUGGCCAAACAAAAAUGACAGGAGGACUGACUGGGGUGUUGAUGCCAGAAUCUAAAGAAACAACAAUGAGUAGGUUCUCAGGUUCUGAUAUGGAAGCGAAUGCCAAUAUAAACCCUUGGAUGAAGCAGGCAUUACAUAGUUACAUAGCAUUACCGAACGGUGAGAGGAAGUGUGUGAGAAAGAAGAGAUCGAACAUGACUUUUACUCCAAAAAAAAUGACAGGUGAAUUGACUAAACCAAUUAUGUCUAAACCUACCAUAAUGCCAUGUAGAAUGUCCAUAAAUUUGGACACAGGAGGAAGAGAUGAAAGUAGUAUGUGCAAUGAAAGCCUCACCAAUGAUCAAAACACCUUGUUGAAAGAGAUAGUACAUAAUUACACGUCGUUAUCUGUAAACACAGAAGCUCCAAGUACAUGUCUUCCAAAAUGCAAUCCUCCUGGAAUAAAGAGGAAUGCCAGGAACAAAAACAAAAGAAAGGGUCUUGCAGCCAGGAACAAAAACAAAAGAAAGGGUCUUGCAGAGGUUGAGUAUGAAAACAUCAGCAAUGGUCAGGUUUCAACAGUAAAUUUACAAAUGGAAAUGGUUGGUUCCGAGAGAGAGCAUUCUGAAACCACUGAAAGAGGCAAUAAUGGUCAAGCUUCAACAGUAAAGUUACUAAUGGAAAUGGUUGGUUGCGAGAGAGAGCAUCCGGGAAUCAUUGAACGUGCAGAUAACAGCAGCGUGAAUCUGAUUGGGGCACACUAUAAUGGAUUGCACUCAUACCAGUCAAAGUUUCCACUUCAGUUUCCAAAAAUCCACAAGAAAAGGAGAACUGAAAAGGGAAAAACUUCUGUGAUUACUAAAAAUGGAGUACCACCAAUAUUCGCUCCCGAAGAUGCUGAGGUGCAUCCUUAUGCAUCAAACUACAGCAACUUGAUGUAUGAUUUGGGAUAUAAUGUACCCCAAAUCAUAAAUGAAUCUAGAGAAAAUUAUAUUCAUAAUACUCAAACAUUUGAUGAGUUCAGAUUAUCUUUGAGAAAGAUGGCAGCAAUAUCUCAAUUACCGAAUCAAACACGUGGUUAUAGUUCUCUAAUGAGAACUAGAAACUGUACUGAAGCAAAUUACAAUGCAAAACAACUGGACUUUUCUGAUCUGCAAACAAUUAGAGAAGCAGGAACACCACAAAAAUGCAUUGACGUCUUAGUGGAAGAUAUGCCUGUGUCACGUACAAAAAAGAAACAAAUUAGAAAGAGAAGUUCUCUUUCCAGUUCAAAUCGUCCUAAGAAAGAUGAGAUGCCACAGUGCCAUAAUUCUUCAUUGGCGGGAGUUUUCCUCACUCAAAAUGUCACAGACCAUAUUUCCAGUUCUGCAUUCAUGUCACUGGCUGCCCGAUUUCCUAAAAAGUUAGCCAGCAUGUGCACAGCAUGCGACGGAGAAAGUAUGAGCAUGGCAGUCAACAAACAGCAAGUGCGUGAAGUGGAACCAGAAAAGAACACCGAAUGUGAUGUAAACUUAUUGAAUCAAUCUGUUUGCAACCUGAGUUCUAUUACAGUGGAACCAGAAAAGAACACUGAAUGUGAUGUCAAUAGCAAUGAUUCCUGCAGAAUUACCAGUAGCUCAAUUAGCUUAACAGAUGAAUCAGACUGCAAACAAACAGAAUCACCUCAAAGAAAUAAUACAGAAUGCCACAGCCCAAUGGAUGUGAUUGAGGAAGGGGAAGAAAAAUCAUGCCAUGAUGAUAUUGGGAAAGAGUCAAAUGACAUGGUUUCAUCCCAAUCCUCUGUCGUUUCAUCUCAAAUAUCUGGAGAUUUUUCAAAUGAUCAUAUUCCUGAGAAGAAAGAAUCAUGCUCAGAUAGCAACUCAGAAAUUGAAGAUCUGUCAAGCACAGCAAAAUACAACACUUGCGGUUCCAUCUCUAAGCUUCUUGAAACGGAACAGGAACAGAGUAAUCACACGCAGCAGAGCUUUUUUGACAUUGCUGGACAAACUCUUGAUCUGAUUCAGAAAGUAAGGGAUUUAAAUUUUGGUGAUCACAAAGAUGUUGUGAGGAGUAAAACCAAUGAGAUGACUUCUGACCCAAUAAAGUUAAAGACCAAAAAACAACUAAAGGAGGAAAAGGAACAAUUUGAUUUGGAUAGUUUAAGAAGAAAAGCACAAGCCAAGGCUGGGAAAAGAGAAAAGACAGAAGACACCAUGGAUUCCGUAGACGGGGAAGCCAUGGGAUGUGCAAAUGUCCAGGACAUUGCUAAUACCAUCAAAGAACGUGGCAUGGACAACAGGCUUGCCGAGCGUAUUCAGAAUUUCCUGAAGAGACUGGUUGAUGAUCAUGGAAUCAUUGACCUCGAGUGUCUUAGAGACAUUCCACCUGACCAAGCAAAAGAGUAUUUGCUGAUCGGGAUUGAAAAGUGCAGAGUGUGUGCGCCUGUUAACACUGCACCAACUUGCCUUCACGGUAAGUUGAAAAUAAAGGAAAGCAAUCACACCUAGCUGUUAAAACAGAUUGUAGCUCUUAAGCUUAAUUUAUUAUUUAUUGAAUGAAAAUGAAUGACUUUAUAUAUAGCCAAUACAGAAACGAAGUAAAUUAAGGGUCCAUGAUUUACAUGACUAUAUCAAUGCUAUUUGUAAGGAGAAGCAAAUCAACGAAGAAUUCUAUUCCAAAAAAAUAGGUUUAUUCAUAAACAAACAAAUAACCAACUACUAUCGGGCCACCCACUUUUGUGUGAGACAUCGGGCAAUAUAUGGCCUAAACAUGUCUUUAUAAUUGGAGUAAUCCUAAGCCGGUAAGUCGGUUUUGUAGAGAUGAGUUAGGCCCAACUACAAUUCUUAACAAUUGUCAUAUAAUAGGUAGACACAAAACUGCUUGCAUUCUUGUAGAGGCCGUAACUUGAGUUUCCGGACUCUGUUUAACGCGCCGCUCGAAGCAUUAAAUAGCUAACGCGAUGAACUAUAUUUUGGUGGAAGAAAAUGAGUAAAUAAUGUAUUUUUCCAGUACCUAUGCCAUGACGAACUUAGUCCCUUAUGCGUUGAAUUAUAAUGAUGUAUGUUUGUAUGAUGAAAUGUUGGUGCUAUGUUGGUAUUAUGUUGUAUUAUGAUGUGUGUACUGAUGAUAUGUUGAAUGAAAUGGAGUACGUGCAUCUUUGAUGUGUAUACAUGCCAUGUGGAUAAUAUUGUUUAUGGUUUCAUGAAUGAUGGUGCAAUUUGACUAAUUGUGGUCUCUGGAUAUUAUGUUGUGUGCAUCAUACAUUCAUGUUAUACUUUGGACAUUGAUCCGCUCAGUUUUGGACGUUGCUAUUAUGUGGAUUGAGUGAGUUUGAUGUUGUGCUCCGGUUUUAAGAGGGAAUCGAUCCUAUGGUGGGGAUCUUUAGAGGGUGAUGAGUGAAGUACUCAUAAAUAAUUGGUAUCACAUGCAUAGGUCAAUGUUGUUGCAUUGGAUCUUAUGUGACAUUGCAUAAUUAUUGGAUAAAUGACGUUUUAACGUUGCCGUGAUGUAAAUAAAGUUUGAUGAAUAAUUGUUGACUAAAUGGUGCUAUGAUGAUGUUAUGACUUAAUGAUGUUUAUAUUGUGGUUAUGAAUUAAAUGAUGUUUCGAUGAUAUAUUAUGAUGAUAGGAAAGUGUGAAUGUUAUAUGUGAUAUAUGGUAAUGGUAGUAAAUUAUGGAUCGUAUCAUGAUGUGUUUGAACUAGUAUGUCUAUUCCGUAUAUAUUUUGUAAUGAAUGUGAUUACUUACUCUUUUUGUUUGAAUUUUGCCUCCACGUGGGUAAC